UAAUUUGCUGAUAGUAUGAAGUAGCUCUGAUAUAUCCAUAGUCACAUAUUUAGUUACUUAUAUAUCCUUGAAGAGAAUGUUGGGGCUCACAUAUUUUCUUGUGACUAUAAGUCUGGUAUAUGGACAAAUACGACAUUUUAACUGGGCCGAGCCAGAUGGCGCCACCUACGAUGUCGUGGACACCACCAGGAACACAAUAGGGAACAGCUUGGAGCGGUUGACUUCCAUGCGUCAAGUUCUGGCGGACUACAAAGUUGAUGCUUAUAUUGUGCCGACAUCGGAUGCCCAUGAUUCCCAGUACUUAUCACCGGCGGAUGCUCGUCGCGAAUGGCUGUCAGGUUUAUCCGGUUCAUCCGGGACCCUUGUGGUGACUGCCAAUGAAGCGCUCCUUUGGACUGACGCGAGAUACUUCACACAGUUCGAAAUGCAAGUUGACACUUCCCUAUGGACGCUCAUGAGGCAAGGGACCGAUCCUUCUAUCCAAAACUGGUUGACGUCGAAUAUGGCACUCGAUUCAGUAGUCGCCGUUGAUCCCACUACGUACACACGCAACGCCUGGAUUCCUUUAGAGACUGCACUGAAAGCAUCUAACGUAACUCUAGAAGCAAUAUCAGAGAACCUGGUUGAUAUAGCCAGAACCAAUAUCGGCGAUCCACCACCUCCGAGACCUAAUAAUGAUUUGAUCGCCCUCACUGUGGAUUUUACAGGUAGAAGGUCGAGUGACAAAAUCGCCGAGUUGCUGUCACAGAUAAGAUCAGCUGGUGCCUCAGCCUUAGUCCUGACCGCAUUGGAUGACAUUGCUUACACGCUGAAUCUCCGGGGCUCCGACAUACCUUACAACCCUGUGUUCUUCUCGUACUUAAUUAUAAAAGAUAAUGUGUCAUCUCCAGAAAACGUCAUUUUGUUUUGGGGCAACGGCGUAUUGCACAGUAACAUAUCAGAUCACCUCCAGUCCGAGGGGUUGCAGAUUCAAACCAGAGAUUACUCGGAUAUAUUUAACUAUUUGUCUCAAUAUUCGAACUCUCUACCCAUAGACAGCACAAUAUGGCUGACCAACGAUGCGAGUCAUGCUAUAUUUCUAGCUGCAGAAUCCGGUAACGUUAAUAUUCGUUCGACGCUCUCGCCUGUGGCUCUUAUAAAAUGCGUGAAGAACGAUGUCGAAUUACAGGGCUUCCGUAAUGCACACAUCAAGGACGGUGUGGCGUUAGUGAGGGGUCUGAGGUGGGUGGAGGAGCAGGUCGCGGCUGGGGCCAACAUCACCGAGAUUGACGUCUCAGAUAAACUUGAGGAGUUCAGACGCAUGGAAGUGGACUCCCACGGCCCGUCAUUUGCAACUAUCGCGGGGGCUGGUAAAAACGGUGCUGUCAUCCACUACAAGCCACCACUGGAGGGCUCACGGGUGAUCGGACGAAACGAUAUGCUCUUAGUCGACUCCGGUGGACAGUACAAGGAUGGUACGACGGACAUAACCCGUACGCGUCACAUGAGCGCAUCACCCACGGAUGCACAGCGGAUGACUUUCACCAGGGUCAUGAAGGGACAGAUCAGCUUGGCCACUGUCGUCUUCCCAAGAGGCACUGUGGGGCACACGCUAGAAAGCUUCGCUCGUAGAUCCCUCUGGGAGGUGGGGCUGAACUACGGACACGGGACUGGCCACGGAUUGGGCCACUUCCUCAACGUCCACGAGGGACCCUCCUGGAUCCUCUCGGGACCGAGCAGCACGGACCCUGGAAUUGUGGAGAAGAUGAUAUUCAGUAAUGAACCUGGCUACUAUGAAGUCGAAGAAUACGGAAUCCGGCAUGAGGACGUGGUGGAAGUAAUAGCUGUGACUAAAGACGCUGAUCAUAUACAUGCGGAGAGCAUUGUGGGCGAUUUCGGUGGGGCCGGAGCCCUUGGCUUUCAUACCAUCUCGCUGGUGCCCCACCAGACCGCGUGCCUUGAUGUCAAACUCUUGGAUGAUCUAGAAAUUAAGUACUUAAACGACUAUCAUGCACGGGUGUUAGCGACAAUCGGACCAAUUUUAAAAGAGAGAAACCUCACAGAAGAUUUCGAAUGGUUGGAAAGAGAAUGCGCGCCAAUUUCCCGUGAUGCCGCCAUAUUGGUGAAAACGUCGCCUUUGCUUAUGGUCGUCAGUGUAGCCACUUUAUGGCUCAGAACAUAGACCAAGGAAUAUGAAAUAAUGAUUUUUAAUGAGAAGCGGAAACUAUGUAACUGUGAUUAAUGAUUAAAUAAUUAAGAAUAA